UACCAGCACUUGGGAAACAAACCCUCUCCCCACCCCCUGUGGGAAGUGGAGAGAGCCGGGCCAGCCAGAACAGAGGACAGUGGCAUCAUCGCGCGCCGCGAAUUCUCGACUUCUUCUCUCCGUGAAUUCGUGUUGGUACCGGUUACUUCCGGUCCCACGGCGUCGUCCCAAGGGUCGGAUCGAAUCGAGUCGAGUCGAGUCGAGUCGUCGUUCGUGUCGCGUUCUCCGAUCGAAUCGAGUGAUACUCAGCCGCGGAUGCGCCCGUUGGAUGACAGUGCGACAGUUCGGGGAAACAGAGAAAGAGAGAAAGAGAGAGGGGCCAGUGAUUUUUUCUUUAUUUUCUCCGAUACGUGGACGGUAGUGCUGUGCUCGAAGGAAAGAUUAUUUGUUGUUUCGGUCGAGAGAAGGUUGUUGUUUGUUGGUUGGUGGAUCGUUCCGUUUUCGCAUCUCGGUCUCGUCGACCCGCGUCGAUUCCCGCGGUGAACCGAUCAAUCCGCGAGUGAAGGGAGUGGUGGCGGCGGGAUGCUGCGAGCCACGAAACUUUGAGCGACCGCCCCUCGACGAACUGUAACCGCGUAUAACCGCGGUGGUACAUCGCGGCGAGCUAUGAGACACGGGGACGGCGACGCGCGGCAACCCGGUGGAGUUUCCAUGUUCGCCUCGUAAGGAGGAGGUGCUCGAUCUUUCCCGGAGGAGAAGGAAGGAAGGAAGGAAGGAAGGAGAAUCCCGACGUCGGAUCGCAAGUUUUUACCAGUGGACUGAUUUUCUUUUCGCGAGUACGAGAUCGGAACCCUCUCCCUCCUCCCCCCCCGGGGUAGUUGUUUUCGCCCCCCCCAAGAGAGGAGGACCUCUACUAUGUUGGACGGAGGAGAGACAAGAAGCGGAGGAAACGGGGAUACUCGAACUUGAAACAGGGAAAUAAGAGUGAGAAGUCGAGAAUGCGUUGAAGAUCCGGCCGGUCGAGGAGAUUCGAGAUGUCCGCCGUAACCAGCCCGUAUGGCCCCACGGAGAUGCUUUCCGACUCGGUGUACAACUACGCGACGACCCGGCGGGGGACCGGCGAUCAGGACAGCGACUCCCAGUACGAGGGCCAGGCCCAGCUGCAGAUCACGAGCAUCCAGAAGCCGCGCAACAAGCGCAAAAACUUCAAGCCGAUAAGCAGCCGGAUGGUGGAGGUGUCCGAUGAGUCCGAGAAGGAGGACGACGAGCUGGACGGGGCGAUGGAGGAGAGCUCGAGCGAGAUACUCGAGUACGAGAGGAAGACGAUGCUGUUGCCUGCGGAGGACAGGUCCAAGCAGAGGUUGAACAACAACGAGGUCAGCCCCAUGGACCUGUCCGUGGCCACCAGGCCCCCGUCCUCCGAGGCCGACGACGAUAGCGGCGACUCUCUCAGGCACAAGUUCAUCCUGGAGCAGCUCAGAUCUCAGAAACUCUACUCCCCUGGCACCGAAGCCAGGAGUCCGAACUCGGAAUCGUCGGAGAAGAGUGGAGGAAGCGGUGUCCUGGACGCGGACUCGGGACGGUUGGACGACACCCCGUUCGAGGACGAGCGAGGGCAGGACGGGGACGGCGACGCCGAGUGCGAGGAGAGGAAACCGUUCGAAGGGAUGAGGGAGUACGCGGAGUCGACUAUGCAGGAGUUGUUGGCGAUCUACGGGCUGACGGGGGGAGAAUUGGUGAAGUCGGUGAGCAGGCAGCUACCGCCGACCUUCUUGAAUCCCCCGACUUCGGGCCAUCAGCCUCACGGGAAGGUAAAAGUAAAAGAGGAAAAGGAUGCUUCCUCGAUGGCGCCAGGAAGCCCACCGACGCCACCGCACACCCCCCAAAGCCCACCUCGACACAAUCCACCCCCGGGUAACCUGUCUCAAUCCUGUCAGACGUCGAACGCCAAUUCUCCGAAUCUGCAGCAACAGCAACAGCAGCACCAACAGCAUCAACACCACCAACAACAACACCAGCAACAAGAGUCGAAUCAGCAGCAGCAGCAACAACAGCAGCAGCAACAGCAACAUCAGCAUCAUCAUCAAUCCAUUCACGCGAUCACCAACACGCCCCUGAGCCAGAUCUUGGUCCAGAAUCCGGCCCUUGCUCAACUACUGCAACAGAAUCCCGCUAUUCUGUCGCAGAAUCCGCAAUUGGCGCAGUUGCUGCAGCAAAAUCUUCAAGUUCAGAUGGGCAGCGUCCUUUUCCAGAACGUGAGGAGGGAGGAACCUGAAGAAUCGAGGGUACCGCCGACAAUAGCGAGCCUGGCGGCGAUGAAGGUGGAGGCAGCUGACCCGAAGGUUUCCGCAUUAUUGAGACAAAGCAUGUCUCCGGUUGCGGACACCUUGAUCGGUAGCUCGAAAAGCUCCGUGUCACAACCAAUAAUCGAUUACUCCCGAUACGUGAGGCGGUACACGUCGGGUCAAGAAUGCGGUAGCUCGUAUUGUAAGGAGCUCGGUUGCCGAGAGCAUUUUCACUGUCUGGAUUGCAGUGGUAGGGUCUUUGUGAAAAAGGAGGAAAUGAUCAGGCAUUUCAAGUGGCACAAAAAGAGGGACGAAUCUUUGCAGCACGGCUUCAUGAGGUAUUCGCCGACGGAUGAUUGCUCGGAGAGACAUCCGGGCCGUGCCUGCCCCCACAAUAGAAAACAGACGCACUACCACUGUAUCCACGAGAAUUGCGAUAAAGUUUACAUAUCGACGUCGGACGUGCAGAUGCACGCCAAUUACCAUCGCAAGGAUUCGGCUAUCAUACAAGAGGGUUUCCAGAGAUUUCGAGCUACCGAGAGCUGUGCUACCGAUCACUGUCCCUUCGUUGGCCAGCGGACCACGCACUUCCAUUGCCGGCGACCAGGUUGCCGGUUCACCUUCAAGAACAAGGCUGACAUGGACAAGCACAAAUCGUACCACAUCAAAGACGAGCAAUUGUCCCGCGAUGGGUUCAAGAAAUUCAUGAAGUCCGAGGCAUGCCCCUUCGAGCAAUGCCGUUUCUCGCGCGUGUGCAAUCACAUACACUGCAUACGACCGCACUGUAGCUACGUUCUUCACUCGUCGGGCCAAUUGUUCUCCCAUAAACGAAAACACGAGCGCCACGAGACCGAGUUGGCCUACAGAAAGUACAAGCAGAUCAACGCGGUUGGCGGUAUCCGGCCGCCGGGCUCCUGGCCACCGGACGAUCUCACCACGCAAAGCCUCUCCCUCAGCCUAAACGGCGAAAGUUCGAACGAGGACAGGGGCUCCCCCUCCUACUAUUCCCUCGACGAUUCGUUUCAGAGCGGUAGCGAUCUAGCGAUAGAUCUCACCGCGCCUACGACCACGGUCACCACGGCCAGUGGAAGUUCCACGGUAACCGUGGACCAACAGCAACAGCAACAGAGUCAGCAACAGCUUACCGCCAUGGAAUUGGCGUAUCUGGUGCCGGGUAACCCCGAUUGCCCCUGCCACCUGGGCAGGGAGCAUCAUCAUUGCGGGUUGGACCGUUGCGGCGCACCUCUCAAGGAUCCUCGCGAGGUCAGGGAACAUUUGAAGGAGCACGAGACCCAAGAGCGCAUCACGGACGCCUUCUUCGAGGAGGGCGGAUGCGACGACAGUUGCCCGUACGCCGACAAGGAGAAGCAUUAUCACUGCAACUGGGAGAAUUGCCGAGAGGUGAUCCUCUCCACGGACAAACCGUUCCGUCGGCUUCAACAUUACAAGAUCCACGAGUACAGCCGACAGUUGAACCUCUCCUGCUCCUCCCACGCCUUGUCCUCGGACGUGACGCUGACCCAUCUGACCAACAUCGACGCCAUGUUCAGGCGGAAGAGGGGCAGGCCACCGAAGAACAGAGUGAUCGAGAUCUGGUCGGGUGGCGACCCGGCCACCCACACCCACGACUCCCCCCAAGCGAUCUUCACGAGUUUCAAGCUACCGAAACCUCAAACCCCUAGUCUCGCGUCCAAUCCUAUGGCCGAGGAUCGCGAGGGGAGCGUCUCGCCCUCGAACAGCCUCGGCGAGCCCGAGGGAUUCUCCACCUAUAAUCCCGACGGAUGUCCAGAUCCGGCUUGCGUGUUGAGAUCUACCAGACACCACCAUUGUUCCCAGCUUAGGUGUCACUUCUCCACGGACAGGCCCGACCAAUUACUGAUGCACAGCAAAGACUUUCACGAUAACGUCGACAUACCGCCGGGCUUCGCCUUCUUCGAUAAGAUGGUAGAUUGCCGGCUGGUCGGUUGUCACAGUAAUCGCGUUAAUCGCCAUUUCCAUUGCACCAGGCCGAACUGCGGCUACUCGUUCGUCAGAUACUCGACCAUGGCGAUGCACGAGAAACAGCACGGCAAUAGCCACGGUGGUAACGACAGUCGGUCGAACGUCGUCGAAACGACGUCGUCCAACCAAGAGUGUCAGACCCACGCCCAACCGAUGGUCCAGGAUACGACCAAGCCUAGGAUUCAAGUGAAGAAUCCGGCCGAGCUGAUCGAAAAACCCGAAGAAUGUAUGGCGAGUGGUGGUGGUGGUGGUAGUGGUGGUGGUGGUGGUGAUAUGGAGAAUAGAUCGAUGAUGGACGAGAAGGAAUCGGAGAUUCCGAGCCCGGAUGUCAACAAGACGACCGUGGUGAGGGCGGCAGGCACCUAUUAUCCGGUUAGUGGACCGCCGAGUGAACCCGCACUUCCGGGCGUCGUGCUAUCCAUGCGAACUUCCGUGCACCAAGAAUCCCCCGUUCUUCCAUCGACCAGCUCGGCCUCGCCCCACACCCUCUACGGACCGGAGCAGAGCUGUAGCAGGCCGUUCUGCAAGUUGAAACGUAAAAACCAUUACCAUUGUAACGCCUGCAAUCAAGCUUUCUCCGAAUUGGAUCGACUGGUGGCCCACAUAGCGAAACAUUCGACAGGUGCCAUCCUCAGUCAGCAGCAGCACGAGCUCGCCACUGGUCAACCCCCUAAUCAACUGCAACACGACUACUUGGCCCAAUUGUCGCAGAAGCACGACUUCAUGGCGCAGAACGCCCAGAUGGCGCAGAACAUACAGAAUUUCCAGAAUCAGAUGCAACGUCAGAUGCAGCAGACCCUCGGCCAGAUGAGCCAGCAGACCCAGGUGGUGAAGGAGGUGGUGAAGAUCGAGCCGGCUAGGUGCGGCUCGGACGUCGGCGUCCAAAACGUUCCCAGCGUGAAGAGGGAGCCCGGUGAAAUUUCGCGGGGGGACGAGGGGGGGAACAAUUCGGUGAUGGACAGCAACGAGAACGGUCAAUUGUCCCAGCCGAGCAUGCCACCCAGUGUUCAACAAUCCCCGGUUCCGGCCAGCUUCGAGCUUGACCUUAGCCACGGAUUCCAUUUCCCAAGCCCGGCAGUGAUGGCAGCCAUGAAUCAACAGAUAGCCCUGAUGAACCAAGCCCUGCCACCGUUCCUCCAACACGGAGGCAUGUACACGGGCGGGCCAGGCUUGAUGUUCGCGCCUGGUCUACCGCCAGCCAAUUUUCUACCUCCCGCAAGAGACGAGAACCCGUUGGCCUCGCUCGCGGCCAAUCUCAACUUGAACAAGCGAUCCUUGUCCCCGCCCGACAGCAAUUCUCCAGAGGCGAAGAAGCAGAGGCUUCAUCACUCCAUGCGGAUGCUCAAGGACGAACCGGUGCCGGAAGGAUACGUUAGGUUCAGAUUCAACGAGGACUGCAGGUAUCCCCACUGCGGUUACAGGGAACACCAAACGCAUUUCCACUGCAUGCGUCAAGACUGCGGGUACUCGUUCUGCGACAAAACUCGUUUCGUCCAACACACGGCGAGACACGAGCGUCUCGACACCCUGAUGGGUGGCGAUUUCCAACAGUACAGAGCGAACGUGCCGUGCGGGAGGGCACAGUGCGCGUACACGUCCUCGUUGGGCUCGAUGCAGAACAAGGCGUCCCACUUCCAUUGCCUCAAGUGCGACUUCGUUUGCACGGACACGAACAAAGUGGUCGCCCACAGGCGGCAACACGCGAAAUUGGACAGUAUAGCGGCGGCAGGCUUUCAAAAGUUCACGCCGAGUCAACCUUGCGGUGGUGUACAGUGCCAGCAUUCCGGCAAACAGACUCACUAUCAUUGUCUUCAGUGCCAGUACGCCGUCCUCGGCCUAGCGCAGAUGUCCGCUCACAAGUAUCGCCACAUGGACACAUAAUAUCGCGACUGUCCACGUUCGAACUGCCAUUAAGUUGGAAGGAGAAGAAAGGAAACCGAAGAAAGACAAUUUCUCUUAGGUCCCCUUAGACAUUCCUUGAACGCGGUGGAUGGAGAUGGCCCGGAAUCGAAGAGAGGGCGAAGUAAGGAAGCAGCGGGGGGGAAGGUUGGAUCCGUUGGAUCGACCAAUUUCGGAUCAAUCGCCGAUCGAAUCUGAAUUAUGAUAAAGAGGAAGAAAAAGGAGAGAGAGAGACAGAGAGAGAGAAAAGAAAAAGAAAAGAAAGAAAGAAAAAGACAAUUUCGUACGCACCCUGUAGACAUUCCCCAGCAGAAUUUGCUCGCGAUUGUCCAUGCCCGAUACACGAUUGCGUGUUGCGUACAUUCGUUGGACGAGGCUGGAUGAUUAGGAGCAGACCCCGACCGCGGCCUAGUCAUUAAUCUUCAGCCGUUCUAUCGACCAGGAGUAAUCGAUAGCUCUUUUGCGGCGUGUGUCUUCUCGUUCGGAUCGGAACACCACGGAUAUUAUAAUCCGUUAAUAAUCGGUCGAUGCAUCGAAUGGAACUGUUCAAAUCACCUCGAUGACUUCGUACUUACGAGAGAGAUAUUUUUUAUCGAUCAUCUUGCAACAUUUCGCACGAUCACUUCUCGAAUCCGAAUGGUGCUGGAAGAGACUUUCGUGGCACGAUGCGAUUCGGCAGACAGAAGAGAUCUAAAAAAGGAACGAAAACAAGAGAGAGAGAGAGAGAGAGAGAGCGAAAGAGAGAGAGAGAAAGCGAGAGAGCGAGAGAGAGAGAGAGAGAGAGAGAGAGAGAGAACCUGGCAUAGAACCCGUAGACAAUAACAAGAAUGACGAGUCUAUCGUAUAGCUUUAGAUCGCGAGGAUAAAAGACAAACUAUAAUAUUUAAUAGAAAAAGACCUUGUACAUUUCGUUUUUUCGUUUUUUUUUUCCUCCCUCCCCCCCCUUUUUUUUCUAGUAACACUCGUGUACCCUCCACGUGGUGCAAAGUAAAAUCGUCGCGACCACUUAUCUCCUAGAAUAUAUAUAUAUAUAUAUAUGCGAAGAACCGAGAGAGAAUGAAAUAUUCGAUCGAUGAAACGUCUUCGAAGAGGAAUCGGAUUAUUUAUAACGAGUUCAACUGAUUCUGUAUGAUCAACCGUCGGCAAGCAGACGCGAGUUAAAAAGACAGAGAUACUAUUACGUCUAGUCCAUCGCACCAUCGAUGAACAUCGUUGAAGAAAUGAAUUCUCCGUUUUCAACAUCCUCCCAUCAAUGGUGCAAUGAUUUUUCUACGAUUUUUUUCCCCCCUUCCUCCCUCCUUCCUUCCUUCCUUUCUUUCUUCUUUUCUUUCUUUUCCCUCUUCCCCAUCUACAGCUGUUAUUAUUUCUUAAGUUCCCAC